AUGCCAAACAUUGAAUUCCUCAAGGGAAUUCUUACGGCUUUGGAGCAGGAUUCCUAUUUUGAUGUGAACAAACGGAAUUUGAUCGUGUUUGAUGAUCAGAUGAUUGACGCCAGUAAAGACAAGCGAAUUGUGAACCUCUUUACUCGUGGUUCUCAUCAUCGCAAUCUGAGCGUGAUUUAUAUCGUGCAGAAUCUAUUUCAUCAAGGGAAAGGUAGCCGCAGCAUAAGCCUAAACAGCCAUUAUCUGGUGUUAUUCAAGAAUCCACGAGACAAAUUGCAAAUCCUGACUCUGGCGAAGCAAAUGUAUCCCGGGCAGACUGAUUUCUUUUUAAAUCAGUACGAAGAGGCUGUAAAAAGACCUUUUGGUUAUCUUCUGAUUGAUCUGAAAACUACUACCCAAGAUAAUUGUCGACUGCGAACAAACGUCCUGCCCAGUGAAGAAGGUUUUAACCAAGCAGGGUUUCAAGAAAAUAUUCAAGAGCUUGUAAAAUAUCUAAAGCAGCAAAAUCUUUCGCCUGUCCCACUUCUUCCAGCUAUGCAAGAAAUACAGGGCAACAUGGAUGACUUGCUUUCUCGAAACGAUCUUCGGGACGAUGAAAAAGCUAAGAGAUACUUUCAGUUGCAAAACAGAUACCUGGCUUUUAAAGAACAAUUAAAUACAAGAACACGACCGGAAAAAAGCACUGUUCCAGACUUAACAUCAAGCACACAAGAUUCUUCGACAGCAACCGUAGCAUUUUCCACUCCCAUUAACCCCUUCAACGUAACACCUAAAUUAACACAAGCGGCUAUCUAACAAAAACCUGAAAACGAAAGCUCCAUGUACUGUCGCACUUUGUAAUAAUCGUCGCACUUUGUAAUACCUGUCGCACUUUGUAAUAAAAUUGUCACACUUUGUAAUACCUUUCGCACUUUGUAAUAACACUUGUCGCACUUUGUAAUAAAAAAGCUGUCGCACUUUGUAAUAACAGACCAUCGUACUUUGUAAUAAAAAAAGCUGUCGCACUUUGUAAUAACACUUGUCGCACUUUGUAAUAAACUUGAAAUAGAUGGUCCGAGGACAAGUAAACUCAGUAAUUAGUGUCAUCAUCGACAACAACGACAACGACAAUAAUAAUGAUAAUAAUAAAGUAAAAACUUGCAAGAGGAGACAGGCCGCACAUCUUCACCGGUCUGAAACCUUUGAAAACCUUUCACAUAUUGCUCCAUUGCGGAGAACUCUUUCAGGGAUCUUACAGUUUAAAAUUUGAACCAUGAUAUAGCUUAUAUAUAGCUGACCAAGAUACGGCUCAGUUCAGUUUAUGUUCAGCAAGGGAAAAUUGUGUAAGUUGAGCAGAACCUUUAAAAUGUACAACAGACAAUUUGUUCAGUUCGCGGGUAUUCCUGUUGAAUUUGUGGCCCGUUUAUGAGAUUUGUCUACUUAAAAUAAUAUAAUAAUUUUUCCAUAGCUGCUGUAAUCUUAGGGUAUCUGCUUUUAAUAUCUCCGUAAAGUUUAGGUUUACGCGAUCUCAGAGAACAAUGUUCAGCUGUACACAGCACGUAGCCUUUAAAUAUAUCCAGAUCUAACACUGGUUUUGUGCAUUUAUCGCAAUGAUGCCGUUUCAUGUAGGUUCCAGCGUAUUCGAAAUUUCCACAACAUUCAUUAGUAGUGGUCAUCGUGGCACAAUGACGUGAUAUGCAAUGUUUUAAAGAACAUUUUAGUGCGAAAAUAAUAGUGACAAUAAUGAUGAUGAUGACACUGAUUGUGGCACCGGGUUGUGCUCUGAGUUUGUGAUUUUCAUUUGGUUUUAUGAAAUACAGUCACUGGACGAAAAAACGGAUUUACUAAUGUUUGCGAAAGGUGCAAAUAUGUGGUAAAUUUGGAGCUCCAAAUUUGCAUUACAUUUGCGCUGUCGGCUAAAGUGUGGGCAAAUACAUAUAUUUGCUAGAUAGGUAUUGAUACGCAAAAGUGAAGUAAAUGUAAUGGUUUGAUACAAAUUUGAUACAUAUUUGCAGCAUGGGCAAAUCUUCAACAUUUCUACCAGUUUACUCAAAUUUACAUCCUUGGCAAAAAUGACAGUUUUCACUUUACUUCAAAUGCAGGCAAAAAUAUUGCAAAACCCCUAAUUUGCAGUGGUAUUUGCUCUUGUUUUUCCAGGAUACCAAAAGAACACUUUUGCAUGUGGUUUACUCGUAUUUGCCUUAAGAGCAAAAAUAAUAAAUUUCUAGACAUUUGGCUGUAUCAUAAAUUUGCACAUUUGCAUCAUAAUUAUCCAUAUUUGCAAGGGGAGCAAAUAUAGUGAGCUGCAUAACAUUUGCUGACAGUCAAAGAUGAUGUGCAUGUGACAUUUCCUAUAUGUUUGAUCCGUUUUGUGACUAAAGUAAAUUUCAAUCUCAACUGUAACAUUACAUUGUUACAAUAAAAUUUUGUACACGCUGUGAGACUCGCCCAGAGAUCCAACCCCUUACAUGCAUCUUUCCUGUUAACUGUUUUAUGUGCACUGUCAUUUUAAUAUAAAGGAAUCAGAAACCAGUUAAGUUUUUUUGACAAUUUUACAUUCACAAAUUUCUUCUGUUAGUCUUUUACAGAACGAAAUGACAGAUAGUCUACCCUGUCAUAUACUUUAACUCAGGAAAUCCCUAUCCUUUCAUACCUGAAGCAUGAAAAAGGUGUCCCUUUCUGACAGCGCCCCUGGCAUAAACCUUUCCCGGCUACUAAUUUAAAGCAAAUACACUAAUUCAAAUCCACUCGUUAUUAAGGUCCAGUAGUCAGAUCAUUGAUGCACUGUAUUUCCUACAGUCAGGGCCAUAGCCAGUAUGAGGCAAACCGAGGCACUUGCCUCUGUCAUUUAAGGUUUGAUCCUGGCAGUGUUUGGUUUCAACGUAGCCAUCAUAAAGACCCUGAAUAGCUAGGCGGGGAAUUCAACCAUGGAUAUUGCCUCAGUCCUUAUUUUUUUCUGUCUACGGCCCUUGAACUUGGGAUACAAGGAGGAUCUACAGGAGCUACCGGUCGAAUUGUCAAAUCCUACCUGACAAAGCCCCACCCCCCCCCAUAAACAAUGAACAGACCUUUAUUGGGUUACAGGGUCACAGGAGCUCUGAGUUAGCCUUAGAUCAUGAAAAGUCUAGAGCUAUAAAGAAAAAACUAAGGUGGUGAAACAAAUUAACAUGCAGCCUUUAAACUUCUGGACUGGACUGGGUUGGUCAAAGAUGGGUUAAGAUAACACAAGGUUAGGUCCAGUGGUCAGAUCAUUUACUGUAUUUUUUGUACAUCAUACUAAAAAAUCAAAUUUGGUCCGAAAUAAAAAGUUUUGUGGAUUUCAAACUCAGUGUUGUGAUUAUUCACUUGUACAUAAUUUCCUCAUGGCCAUUUAACCAACAAACUUAAUUCAAUUUAAAACCAACAAUUUUAGUUUAACCAGUAUUUGUUGUAGUUUUGACUGCCCACCUAGAGAUGACCACAUCUCGAUGGCCGGCUUCCUAAAAAUGACCACAUUUUGAAAACCCAACAGCCAAUACUACAACAAAAUAUGGUGAAACUGCUCACAAUUUUAUUUGAACAUUGUCUCAGCUAACAAAUUUAUGAAAGGCUAAUUUUUCUUACUUUGUUGUUUGCAACCCUGAGUUUGAGUUUCAUUGAUUUUAAUGUUGAUUUUGAGUUUUACUGUUCAUUAAGUACUACCUAUUCAAUCCAAAAAAGUCAUAGCAUUUUUGCUGGCUAGAAUUCACCUGAAGCCUGGUAAUUUGCUUGGGAUACAAGGAGGAUCUACAGGAGCUACCGGUCGAAUGGUCAAAUCCUACCUGAAAGGCCCCCCCCACCUUCCCCCCUGCACAAUAAACAAUGCACAGAUCUUUAUUGGAUUACAGGAGCUCUGAUUUGGCAUUGGAUCAUGAAAAGUCUAGAGCUAUAAAGAAAAAACUAAGGUAGUGAAACAAAUUAACAUGCAGCAUUUAUCCUUCUGGACUGGGUUUGCUCAAAGAUGGGUUAAGAUAACACAAGGUUAGGUCCAGUAGUCAGAUCAUUUACUGUAUUUUUUGUACAUCAUACUUGUGGAUUUCAAACUCAGUGUUGUGAUUAUUCACUUGUACAUAAUUUCCUCAUGGCCAUUUAACCAACAAACUUAAUUCAAUUUAAAACCAACAAUUUUAGUUUAACCGGUAUUUGUUGUAGUUUUGACUGCCCACCUAGAGAUGACCACAUCUCGAUGGCGGCUUCUAAAAAUGACCACAUUUUGAAAACCCAACAGCCAAUACUACAACAAAAUAUGGUGAAACUGCUCACAAUUUUAUUUGAACAUUAACUCAGCUGACAAAUUUAUGAAAGGCUAAUUUUUCUUACUUUGUUGUUUGCAACCCUGAGUUUGAGUCUCACUGUUCAUUAAGUACUACCUAUUCAAUCCAAAAAAAGGCAUAGCAUUUUUGCUGGCUAAAAUUCACCUGAAUCCUGGUUAUUUGAUCUUAAGAUACAAGGAGCGGGGUUGUGGCUUCCCCAAAAAAUUCUGAUGAAGAGAGGGUCUUCAUAUACAGGAGCUACCGGUCAAAUCCCACCCAACAAAGCCCCCCCCUCCUUAAAAAAUGAACAUACCCCUACUGGGUUACAGGAGCUCUGAGUUGGCCUUGGAUCAUGAAAAGUUAUAAGCUAUAAAGAAAAAACUAAGGUGGUGGAACAAAUUAACAUGCAGCAUUUAUCCUUCCAGGCUGGGUUGUUUAAAGCUGGGUUAAGAUAACCCAAGGUUAGUACGAAAUAUGAAUUCAGAUAUGAAAGUUUUAAAAACAAAUUCAUUUGAAUUCCUUUUGUCUACAAUUUGGUGAUUUGAUACUUAAAAAAAAGGGAAAAUUAUCUGACAAAAUGCUUUUGAUUAAAAGGAAAAAGAAACGCAGGUUAAAAUCUAACACUGGGUUAGUGCUAAUCGGUCUUUGGAACAACUGGGCCCCAGUCUUUUUUUGGGUCCAAUUCUAAAUCACAUAACCACUUCGAAGUGAGUCAAUGGUACAUAACCUGGGCAUGUGUUACAUUCCCCUUCUGUCAUUUGAUAAUAGUAAAGCCUAGGGUCGCACAAUGGGCAGGGAUCUCCAAUUACUAAAACUAAAAAUUCAAAAUGACACAGUAACUGUUGUAUACAGUUACAGAGGGCCCACACUACCUCCCCUUUACAUUAAGUAAAUACACUACAACAAAUCUACUGGACAAAGGUCCAGUAGUCAGAUCAUUUACUGUAUUUUUUCUACAUCAUAAUAUUAUUAUUAAAAAGCUAACAAUAACAAGGCCACCCACAGUACCUUAAAUUUGGUAAAAAAAAAAAAAAAAAAAAAAAAAAAGGUUAUGUGCAUUUCAAAGUCAGGGUUGAGAUUAUUCACUUGUACACAAUUUCCUCAUGGCCAUUUAUUCAAGAAACUUCACAUCAAAACUGACAAUUUUGUUCUUACCGCUAUUUGUUCUAGUUUUCACUGACUAUACCUAGAGAUGACCACAUCUUGAUGGUAAGCCUCCUAAAAAUGACCACAUUUUGAAAGCCCAACAGCCAAUACUACAACGAAUGGUGAAAUUGCUUUGUAUUUUAUAUCAUUUGUGAAUAGAAACUCAGCACAGACAUGAAUGAAUAAUUUCUUUGCUGCUCUUUACAACCCUGAUUUUGAGUUCAAUAUGAUUUGUCUUUUUAAACUGCUCAAACAGACUGGCGAGAUUUAUAUCAGCCUUCACUCAACAACAAUAACAUCAGGUGCAUUUCUUCACUUAAACCUAAACUUCUUAGACCAACGGGGUUUACACCAUCAAUAUUAUGAGCCAAAUUUUAAUAGAUUUAUUUAGAAAAGGAAUUCACACAGUAAGAUGACUUUUUGAUUUUCCUUUUUAAAUAGGAAUAUGAUAUUUUAUAAUUGCUGGACAAAAAAAAGGUUCCAGCUAAAAAUUUGUUUUGAGCAGUGACAGUAAAUCUCAACUUUGGAUCUGUCUGAAGGCAUUUUCUUUGCCCUUCCACAAAAUCACUUUCUACUUUCACUUUGCCAGAAACUUUUGCCAUGACUUAGUAACGCCAAGUGAAAACAUAAUAUCUGAGGCAUAUUUCUUAAGCUAUAUGUCAGUGCUAGUGAGCAGUCAUGGACUGCUGUUUUGAAGGGGCAUCCGAUAGCAAGAUAGCCUUUCCAAAAUCAAUGAGCAUUGGGUGGUACAUAUUGUUUACCUCUGUAAGAAUAAUGUUGUCACUCUUUAUAUCUCUGUGGGGAAACCUGUAUGAGUGCAAAUGUUCUAUAGCUUCACACAAUUUCAGUACAUUAUGUUUCCGCAGAACACUGUGAAAGGGACAUGGAUUUCCUUAGCAGGGCACCGCACAAAAGAACAAGAAAAAUAAUAUUCUAAAGAUGGUAAAAAUAUAACCCAAGGAAGUACACGUGAGGUUUCUGUUUUUGUGACAUUUACCCCAAACAGAUGGGGUAUUGAUGGAUGGGAGCAUUCAGUAUAUAAGCUUCAAUUCUGUCAUCUUGUGAAGAGGAAAAAAAUGAUUACUGUAAAUAAAUUGAGACCCACUGGAAUACCCCUGUAGCAUUUCUUCAUGCACAGACCACAAACAGCUUCCCCAUGCUGAACCUGUAUUUCAUUGACCUCUUUAUCUUUUGGAGAGUUCAGGUGAUGCAACUCAAUUUCAAGAACAUUGGAAAUAACUCCUGUACCACUCAAGGAAGAAUCUGAAACAAAUACACAAAAAAAGUCACUAAACCCACUAAAAAUAACUGUUAACUCUACCUUUAUUGAUAAUAUUGUGAAAUUAAAUGAAUUAUGUUACUUGUGUUGCCAUUAUCUUUAUGAACAUUAUAAAUACACAUGUGGCACAUUUUAGCAUUUUUGACCUUUUGACUCAGCUUACAUGUAUCAUUAUAAACUAUUAUAAACAAAACAACCUUGUAUAUGAAAACAUGACAAAACAAAACAGAAAAAAAAUGACAGUAACGCAUAUAAAAUAAAGGCUCCAUCCUACCCUGUCAAAAUCAAUGGUACAUGUACAGGUAUUACGCUCAAUAUGUCAAUAUAGCGCCAGAGGUAGUAUAAAUUACUCAAGCAAUUAAUCUUGAGCUACUUCUGCCAAAUACCAAUAAAUUAGCAUUUUAACAUUGCAUAACUACAUAUUUUGCUGACUUAACACCACUUAAAUUUUUCAACAAUGCUUUUUUCAGCUGGAUCACUACCAUACGCACGCGACACGCGUGCUCAUACAUGCUACAAAUGUAAAUAUGGAUGCAAAUGUAGUUUAUUCCCGGUUAUAACAUAGAUGUGGCAGUAGAAGCACGAUAUACAAAGCAAAAUACAUCGACUUUACCUUUUAAAUUUCGAAUAUCCUUGAGAAGAAAUCCAGCAACAUAAGCAAUCUCUUCUCCCGCCAAAUCGCCAAAAGACCGCGCGCCCGAUUUCCCAAGCAUUUGCGCCUCAGUGGUGCUGGUCAGCGGCAGUCUGCAUAACCGUUCGAGAACGAGGGACAACAAUUGAAAUUCGUCGACCGUUAACACGUUCCACUGCCAUCGAUUUGCCAUCAGCUUUUACUUCGUACGUUUAACGCCAUAUUUAUCAAGAGGUUUCGAAUUUUUCUUCUUUGUGGGGUUGACUGUCGAGUAUGGAGGAAUCGGCCAGUCUUAUUUGUUCGAAUUUAUCGAACGAAUGUGUCCUCGAAGAACUUAUAAAAAUAAUCGCUCGAACUCGAGGGAACUGCAUACUUAUAGAUCCUUCGACGAAAAUCCACCAUGAAAGGCAUCUAGAUAGCUCCAUCGGCGACGAUCAAGUAGUAACGAGUGGAUCCAAGAAAAGCAGCCGUUAGUACUUAGUAAAUAGACUUCGGUGAAUCGAUGCUGUUUUAAUUAGCAGACAUUGUAAAACUAAGAGGCAGGAGAAAUGUUGAGGACAAACAAAUGCUGAGGGAGCAACUAAUCGGGAGUAAAAGAAAUGCUCAGUAAGUAUAAGAAAGUUCGUUGUUACUGUUAAGCCAUUAAUGAUGCUAUUUGAUAAUACCUACAUUUGCAUUCCAAUAUUCAGUAAUCAACAAGGACCACCCCUACUUCUGAAACUUUAUUUGUCCUGUUGUUGUAAAAAAUACUGUAAUCUUUUGUUUGGUUGUUCUCUUCAGAUAAAUGGUCUUAGAAAAUUUAAUAAGAACUGAAGCAAGUGUUAAUUCCCCUCUAUGAGGCCAAAAUUAACCUUAUCCUCUAGUGCCUACUUUCUCCAAAGGCUUUUCCAAAAUUUAAAAGGGGAGUAAAGGCAGUGACUGCCAUGGUGCUGAAAACAUAGUGUAGCUAGAAUUUAGAUCAUGGUACCCUGCUUUCACUGAUUGUUUUUUAUGAUCACCCCAUGUAAGGGAUUCUGGAAUCCGGGAAAUUUUUGCUUAUGGAAUCCAGAAUUCGGGCAAUUUUUGUCGCGGAAUCCUAAAUUCUGAGCUUUGAAACCUGAAAUACAAGUCAAGCGAUUGGAAUCCAGAAACCAAGUAAUCCACUGAAAAAGGUUCGGAAUCCGCAGCGUGGAAUCCAGAAUCUAAAACUGUCUUGGAUUCCCUCAUAUGAGGCAAUUAUAGUAUAAUUAAACUUUUGUUCCCAAGAUACACUGUAAGUGAUGGCAAUAUUGCAGAAGAAGCAGGUUCAUGAAGUUUUAAGUAAUAUGUCAAUAAUGUUGUUAUGGUAGUGAUGUAGUGGGACACUCACUAUAAAAUUAAUACAAUGAUUUACGUGGAGUCAAUUGUCUUGUUACAAAAGGGUUUCUCGCAUUCAUUUUUUCGUUUUGUUUUUGCUCAAAGAAGGUCUUAGUUUUAACAGGUACAGUGUAAUCAGGAUUAUGAUGACCGCUUGGGGUUAGAUUUGAGACAUGAAAGUUACGAGCCAGCAAUUUGUUUAAACUAGUUAAUUUUGAUAUCAGUUAACUCAGGAAAUAAGUAAGUUUAGUCACCUAGUGUGACUGCAGUCAGUAAUAAUACAUGUAAUAUCUAAUAGCAACCUUUUUUGCUAUAAAAGGCUAGAAUAUUUAGACAGAAAAGGACAAUAGUAUUUUUCAUGACAGGCAUCUACAGCUUUAGUUUCAAUAUUAAUGGUCUCAAUUAUGUAUAAUUUCUGUUUGUUGCAGAAAAAGCUGAAGAGACAACCCUUUUCCAGUCAACCUCUAUUUCGAAGAAGGAUUGUUGUAAGUUCAAAGCUUGUAUAAUUGUGGAGUACAUGUCUUCAGAGCAAGGCAAUACAGACCAAGGAGAUGACAAAUCCGAGAAAAGUGCUUUGCAGGAGGCCUCUAGCAUGGAGGAGUCAACAACUUAGCCUGUAAAAACCUCUUUGCCAUAGCUGAACAGUAAAGCAAAAUUAAAACAGUCACAUGUAAGCUUGUCAUUACUCAAUGACAAUAGAAAGGACGAAUGGCUUCUCCUCAGAGCAGGAGGCACCAGAGAUAAUGCUCCUGAAUUUGCUUUGUGAUAAGGAAAUAUAAGUUAAUCCAAGGCUCUUAAAGAAAUUCCAGAUUAUUUAUGACUGGUCAUACUUACAGGUACAUGUACAUGUAGUUCUGCAAAUACAGUAAUCCUUUAAUCACUCUCUGUUUAUGACACUGUUGUGUAGAAAAAGAUAAAUCUGUGUAAACAGUACAAAUCCUGAUGGUGUUGAUUUGUCCUGAGAAUUCUGGUGGCAGGUAGAUCAAAUUGGUUGAUGUGAUAAAUUUUUCAUUAGAAUCCUUUGGCUAUUGUUUGCAAGUAAUGUACCAGUCAGCAGGUUAAAAAGGCCAAUUAAUGUACAAAUGUUUCUUUUUAAAUCUGUUUGCUUAACUGCAGGCAUUUGAGUUCUGCUGGCAACACUUCACAGUACAUUUGUACCGAUUACAGCAAUUACAACUGACCUGCUUGAACAAAAAAAAAACAAAACAAAUUUAGGUACACCCUGCUUUUUUGUCAUGAUUUGUUACGGAAUUUUGCAAAGGAUUGCAACAUGACUCAAGAAAAAGAGUAAUGAGAGACAGCAGUGUAGUUAUUUUGCAGGCUAGCCAGAUCAACCUUUUGUACUACAUGUACAUGUAUACUGAGUUUAAAAUAAUUAUUAGCUUCUUUCAUUGGGAGCAACUACAGUGACAAUGGUAAUGUUGACAUGCUGUGGAAUACUUAUAGCUGGUCAUUACUUUCAUGACCCUCAAUUUUCUUAGAACGGGGCAAGUACUAGAAGCUCCGGCUGGUACUUCCUCUAAGAGCAUAUCCAAUACUAUACAGGAACCAUUAGCAACGAAAAUGAAGUUAAAGAAGUCUGAUCUGAAUUUGAAUAGCUGUAUGUACCUAAACUAUUUCUUAGUUUGCUAAAUGCUAUAACCCAGUUGUUAUACCAGCAAAAAAUUGUACAUUGGUAGCAAGAAUUAGGCCUUUCAUUCUAAUAGAGCCUAAAAAAAAAAUGCCACCAGAAUCAAAUUUUGUUUCAUCUGUAAAUAGCAAUAAAUACAAAAAUACUAAUUAUUUAUUAAAAUGGGUGUCUUGAGGGUUCCAUUUAGUUGAAACAGGAUUUGGUCCUUAGAUACAAAAGUUUAAGUAAGAAAUAGUCUUGUCAUAAGUAAAUAUUGGUCCAAGGCUGAAAGGAUUUUUAACCUGUUUCUGAGUUGCAAAAACCUAAAGAACUGAAACAGGUUUGAGGCAACUCUGAAACACCUACAGCUGUAUGUAGAAUAUCUUGCACAUUUAGAUGAAGAACACUUUUCUUAUAAUAUUAAUAGUUAGUAAUGAUCUGAUAGAGCAUAGAGUGGAGACAAGUAAACAUCAACGAACAGUAAAAUUGGGAAUUAAUAUGAAGAGCUGUAUGUACAGCUUUUUAUACUGUAGUUUGUAAUGUCUGUAAUAAUGUGUAAGCCACUUUAGUUUAUGGAAUAAAUCAUUUAAACAUUAAUGGGAGGUCACUGCUAGAAUUUCUUUCAGUAACUUUAAUGUUUGAUUAAUUAUGGCCACUUGUUAAGAACCUGAAGUGAGCCAUAUUAUAACUAAAAAUAUUUUUAAAAUUUUAUCGCAUUUGCUACAACCCAAGCAAACUCGUUUAAACCUUGGAAUUUACAUUUGCUACUGGAGAAAACGUGCUCAAUUUUAUGGGUUUGAUGACAUUUGCUAACCAAAUUAAAGUCAGAAUUUGAUUACAUUUGCUACCUGAGCGAAAAAUUGUACAAUACUAACAGUUUGAUCAGAUUUGCUGCCCAAGCAACUUUGUUCAAAACUUGACUUUUGACCACAUUUGCCGCUACAAGCAAAAUUUUGUGUUUGAUCAAAUUUGCACACCCUAGAAAAUUUGUUCAAAGUUUAGGUUUGCUAACAUUUGCUUCGUGAGCAAACAUGUUUAAUACAAAGAGUUUGGUUACAUUCGCCAUGCAAAGCAAUCUGGUUCAAUUAUGAAAAUUUGAUCACCCAUGAUAACCCAAGCAAACAUUGUUCAAAUUAGAUACUUCGCUCACAUUUGCAAAGCUGCGUAAACGUUCUGAAAAUAACAGGUUUACAUGCUUUUUACAUCUAAAGCAAAAAAGCUGUGCAAAACAGCAGAUUUGCGCUAUCAUUUGCGUAAUGUGCAAAUAUAGUUCAAAGAAACAUAUUUGCCUACACAUUUGAACCAUCUGCAAAUGACCCUCAAAUCCAUGGCUGCCCAUUAUCUUUGCACCAAGAUGUAAAUGUUGUGCAAAUGUGGCAUUUACCGUCAUUGCUACGGAUAGCAAAUCUAGUGCAAUAUCAGUCUUUGCUCUUGCGCAAAAUUGUGCAAAUGUGGUAUUUGCUACACAUUUGCUGUAAUUUGGCUACCCUAGUAAAUCCAUUUUUUCGUCCAGUGAGUAUAGCUUAUUCAUGGUAAUAAAUACAAAUCAAGUAAUAUCUCUGUAUAUGUCUCAAGUAAUACCUCGCAGGUAACGAAAUCAUAGGUUUUCUAGUUGCCUGUGCUAGUAGUAAAACUUUAAAAAUAUUUUGCUUAUACGAUCACGUUUCGCCUGAAGGACACCUUUUAAUUACUUUUAUACUAACAAUCAAUUAAAUGAAAUUCCAAUACAAACUCCCAUUUUAAACGACUCUCCCUGUCAUAGGCGUAGACACUUUCUCUCUAUCGAGGUCGUCCGCAUAUAAAGAAUUGUACUUCCCUAGAAAGAUCUUGAAGCCAGAAGUUGAACACUUAUUAUUAUUAUUGUCGUUGUUGUUGUUGUCGAUGAUGACACUUAUUACUGGGUUUACUUUUCCUCCGACCAUCUAUUUCAAGUUUAUUACAAAGUGCGACAAGUGUUAUUACAAAGUGCGACAGCUUUUUUUAUUACAAAGUACGAUGGUCUGUUAUUACAAAGUGCGACAGCUUUUUUAUUACAAAGUGCGACAAGUGUUAUUACAAAGUGCGACAGGUAUUACAAAGUGUGACAAUUUUAUUACAAAGUGCGACAGGUAUUACAAAGUGCGACGAUUAUUACAAAGUGCGACAGUACACUCCACCCCACCACUAACCUUAAAUCCUGCUUUCCUGACCCCUCCUCCCACAGUAGAAACCCCAUCACAAGGCCCGAAGCGCAAAAGGCGUCGGAUUCAAUUUGUAAAUUAUUUGGAUGAUCAUAAUGCUCAUGGCAAACAGAGGAAACGAACUCGGCAUAAGAAAUUUCGAGUUAGACCUUACAAGUACUCCAUGGGCGAAGAAGAUGAUUAA